AGAUUAAAWUUUCCAAAUUAUCAAUGAAUAUAACUAAAGAAUGUCGUAUYUGUAAAGAGGAGUCGACUGAUCAAAACGAGUUAAUCAGUCCAUGCAAUUGCUCAGGUAGUCUAAAGUAUGUUCACCGACAGUGUCUAUUGCAAUGGCUAGAGUCAAGYGACAAUUUAUUGUGUCCCUUUGUCAGCCGGGCCUCAGACAAAGUGUUGCCACAGUUUAUAUGUACUGUAGUCGUGUCACUGCUACUCAUGUCGUUGCUGUUUAUGUUGUAUCGAUUAGACAUCAAUCACUACAAUAGAUAUCUCGUGCGCUACAAUCAACUUCACGUGCAAAAGAUGCGUACAUUUCUGACGCGUACCGACUUUAUGGUGUAUAAGUGGGCCAUUGCUUUGGAAACACUGGUGGCUACUAUUGUCUUGUGGRUACUCUUUAUCAUUACCACUAACGAGGAGUGGGAACAACACUUUGAGUAUAUCAUUCAGAAUUAG